AUGGCAAACAGUUUCGUUACCUUCUAUGACUCCUACUGCAACAACACCAAAGCCGACGAAACAGUGUCUGGCAGUGUCUACCACAGCAAAGCCGACUACGGCAAGCCCCACCCAAGCAGCUACAGUAACUUCGACAGCAAAGCCAAGUCCACCCAGCCCAACACCCACACGUGCCGCAGUAACUCCAGCACCGGCGACCAAGAGACCAACAACUCCAGCUUCAACAUCGUGUUCAACACCGUGUUCAAUGGUGACGACGAGUAG